AUGGAAGGAGGACACGGUGCUCAUGGAGGCGAUUCCCCCUCUCCAGAAGAAGACUCUGCGGCUGACCCUCUUGGCAAGGCUCUUACUGAGAAGGCACCUCGCUUGGUGUGGACUGAUUCUCGUCUGCGUACUCUCCUCCACCUCCGUUUGAUUGCGUACGGUGAUCAAUUUAACAAACACAAGAGCAGAGCGCAACUGACUGUACUGUGGAGCCGUGUGGUCCGUCGUUUUAACAAGCAGCAUGAAACCAAGGCCGUUGUAGAUCAGUUACGUAACAAACUCAAUGCUAUGAAGGCGUUGUUCGGCCAGAUCCGCGCCGACGAGGCUACUACGGGAAACUUGGAAAAAGCGGUGAAGUAUCCGAGCUACUGGUCAGUGCUCGUCGAGUUUUUUGCUGAUAAAAAGGGGCUGCGUAACCACGAUUUCGGUCAAUCGCAGGUGCCCCUACCUCCAUUUAGGGCCGAAGGAUCCGACGACGAAGCUGUGGUUUACGAUAGAGGUGCCAGUGGUGGCGACAAUGCAUGCAGUGAGAUCCAUCAAAUUGAAAGCAGGAAACCCUUUUCUACAGUAAAACCCUUCAAAAUCGUCGAAACGCUUGAUUGGGAUCAGUGUACCAUCGAUGGCACCGACUACACCAGGAAACCCAAGCAUAUCUUGAAACCCUUGUAUCACCUCCGCUAUCUCGUCGUCCGUGGACGGUAA